AUGUCGAGCAGAGGAAGUGCAAGUUCUGGCUCUGUGCCAUCAAAGAGGGGACCAAUAGUUAAGUCUGACUUCACCAAGGCUAGAGAGGAGGGAGAAUCAACUCCAAGAAGAAUUGUGAAGGAGACCCGAGCUGUUGUCAUAGACAUUGGUACUGGAUCCUGCAAGUGUGGUUUUGCUGGAGAACCUAAGCCAACCCAUGUGGUCUCAUCUACCGUGGGGAAACAUAUCCAGGAGACUGCAAAAACAGGAGACAAUAGGAAAGAAACUUUUGUUGGCAAAGAACUUCAAGAUGCAACAAUCCCCCUGAAGCUUGUCAACCCUUUGAGACAUGGGAUAAUAGUGGACUGGGAUACCGUUCAAGACAUAUGGGAAUAUCUUUUCCAUAAGGAGAUGAAGAUUCGGCCUGAGGAGCAUGCGGUCCUAGUAUCAGAUCCUCCCCUGAGCCCUACCACCAACAGAGAAAAAUAUGCCGAAAUGCUCUUUGAAACCUUCUGCACCCCUGCCAUGCACAUCGCUUACCAGUCGAGACUGUCAAUGUAUUCCUACGGCAAGACGUCGGGUCUUGUUGUGGAGAGUGGCCACGGCGUCUCCUAUGUGGUCCCUAUAUAUGAAGGCUAUACUCUGCCAAGCAUUACUGAACGGGUAGACUAUGCUGGAUCAGAUGUCACCCAAUACCUCAUGAAGCUAUUAAAUGAUUCUGUGAACUUGUUCACAGAGAAAGACUGGAACAUCAUGGAAGAUAUCAAAGAGAACCAUUGCUUCACUUCCCUGGACUUCCAACAGGACUCAGCAGCACCUUCCAGGAAACAUGAGAUUGAAUAUGUGCUUCCUGAUGGGCAAAUUAUAAUUCUCGGCAAAGAGAGAUUCUUAUGUUCCGAAAUGCUCUUCAAGCCAUCCUUGAUAAACUCGCAGCAGCUGGGUCUUCCACUCCUGACCAUGACUUCCCUCAAUAAGUGCGAUGUCACUCUCAAAAAGAACCUGAUGGGCAACAUCUUGUUGUGUGGAGGCUGUACCACGAUAAAGGGGUUUGCUGACCGCUUCCAGAGAGACCUGAUUAAAAUGUGCCCAAAUGAUAAUCCCAUUUCAUCAGCCUCCCUUGAGAGGAAAACAUCUGUGUGGACUGGAGGCUCCAUCCUGGCCUCCCUCAAGGCUUUCCAGCAGCUCUGGGUUCACAGGAGGGAAUAUGAAGAACGGGGUCCUUUUUACAUCUACAGGAAAUGCUUCUGA